AUGGGGUGUACAGAAUAUAUGAAUAUGCUGAGCACUGUAGCUGCAGCUCUGUUCAUGGAGAUGUUUCUGUUUGUUUUCUUCAUUUUAGAAAAACCCAAGAAAGGAAGGAAAGGCAAAAGAGUCUCUGCUUUCUUAAAGAGAGUAUGGAAGGCUGCAAAGCGCCAUUUCCUGUGCUGUGACACAGAUAUAGUCCAGCAUCUUACACCACAACCUGAGCCAGAGCCAGAGCCAGAGCCAGAGCCAGAGUCAGAGCCCGAGCCCGAGCCAGAGCUGGAAGAUAAAGCGGACUCUGAGGCAGUGCCAGUUGAAGUUACGCCUGAAAACGCAGAACCAGCUGACCCUGAGUCAGUAUGUCUGCCGGGCCAGGUUCCUGAGGAGCCUAAAAAGGCUUCUGGGCUCACUUUUGGAUCUAUGGUGUCUCUUUUUGAAGUGAAAGACCUGAUUGGAGAAGGAAGUUUUGGCAAGGUGUAUCUGGCAUCUCACGUAUUUAAUGAGAGAUCAAAGGUUGCCCUGAAGUGGAUCAAGAAGCGUAAACAGGACCGUUAUCUUGACAUUGAUGGUCAUUCCACACCUGUGCUUGCAGAAGUGGCAAUGAUGCUUAGACUGAUGAAUGCCCCAACUUGUCCCAGCAUCAUCACAUUACACCACUGGAUUGAGAAUGAGAACGACUUCGUUCUCAUUCUGGAGUACCCAGAGUCAUGCCAGAACUUGGCUUAUUAUGUCAGACGUUCAUUGGACAUUGAUGAAAGCCAAGCACGCCGGUUAAUGCGUCAGUUGGUACAAGGUGUCAAGUUCUGCGCUGAGCGUGGAGUUUUCCAUGGCGAUAUACACCCGGGGAACAUCCUGGUGACUCAACCCCGAUUAGAGCUCAAAUUGAUUGACUUUGGUUGUGCUCGGCCAAUUACCAGCGAGCCUUUCAAAAGCAGUGAUUAUCGAGGAGCCAUAUUUUACAGACCACCUGAGGUUUUAAGGGAUACCACAUUCUUUCCUAACCCGGCAUACGUCUGGACAUUAGGCAUCAUCCUGUAUGAAAUAUUGCAUGGACGAUUGGCCUUUUGCACCACACAUUCGAUAAUCAUUGGAGACCUUCAGACAGACCUCACCUUAUCUUCAGAAUGCCUGGACCUGAUUUCCCAGUGUUUGAUCCGUAAUCCAGAGAAGCGACUACAGUUACAUCAGGUUGAAGAGCAGCGGUGGUUCAAUCCAACGAGCCCAAAUCCUGUGCAGCAGCUAGACAAGAGGAGUGUGAUUCCCGUCACACAUCACGCCAAAUCAAACGGUGCUGCUCCUCCACCUGCCGCCUCCAGGAACCGAUGCUGGUGGAUCUGCGACACCUCCAGACCCGCUCUCUGCCGCUCAGUACGCACUGUUAUCCCUUUCUCCAUCUCUCCUUUACCGUGUCUGUUCAUUUCCUCCGGGUUUUCCCUCCGAAUUGGGGUGGUUGUGAGCGGUCAGUCAUGUCGUGGGCACCAGAGGGAUUUCUCUAAAGACGGCAUCUGA